AUUAGUUAAUCUAACGAAUAAAAACGCGGUCAUUUAAUAUAUCGAUUAGAGAAGUCGCGUGUGAAUAAGGACAUGCCAAGUUUGUUCUAUUGAUUAUUGCAAGCUUGACCAGUCCAGUCAGUGAUAACAGCGAACGGACAAAUGAAUAGCAAAACAGUUGUCUACGAGCUUGUCAUCGCGUUGAAGGGGUUCAGGGGUUGUUUCGUUUAUACGGAACGGAACAACGAAAAAUAAAAAGUAACAAGUGAACGCGAAGGAAAUCGCACGUCGCGUAUCAAAAACCGGAUCGUUCGUGACUCGAUGUAGUUUCAUCGAUCCAUGGAACGCAUCCUCGCUUGUCUUCGUUGCUUCUCAAUGAAAUCGAACCAUUUUUAAUUAAUUAAUUAAUUAAUUAAUUUUAAUUCGAGAUACGAUUUGAAAUGGUCAUUCAUCUAUCCAAUAUUCUAUCCAAAGGAGAGAAUCAUGUUUAACUUGUGACAUGGCUCGCUUCUACUACGAAUGUAACACAGAUUUAAAAAAUUAUACGGAAGACAGUGAAACUAUCAAGCCUUACGCUUGUGCAUCGGACAAAUAUUGUUUGUAUUGUUGUUGUAAUUCGCAGUGUUGUCUAUUGGUACAAAGACGGCCUCCACGACACUUUUGGGAAGCCUGGUACUUUUGGCUAGGCAUUGCUUUACUCGUUGUUUUUAUCAUAUCUUCGGUGAGCAGUUACAUAGUCAGUAAUUGCAGACAUAAUAUUCAAGGUGUACCACUAAGACAUAGCGCACAUGGCAAUCGACGAAACGAUCGUGGCGGUCAUUCGACAAACAACCAAAAUGAAAUAUCGAUAAGCAUUAUCCCAACCUCGGAAUUUUUCCCAUCGCACAGAAAAAUGUUCGUGAUCACGUCUCAGCCAGCCGUGAAUCAUCUGACCCCUGUCGUUGCGUGAAGUCGUUUCAUUUUAACGGAGCGAUUAUGUCGGCGAGAAGGAACGAGCGCAAAGAGGUGGAAGAUCAUCGUAUGGCGUUUUACGCGGCAAUACUUCUUAAAAGACACCGCGUGUUCAUCGAGCGUUUCGAUCGGCUAGAGCGUCGUGGCCACGAUCAUUACAUCGCGGGAAAUAUUUACGAUAAAUGCACCUUUUUUACUUAGCCCGAGGAUAUAAUAACUAGGUAGAGCGGUUUAAACAGCUCGAUCACGAGCAACAUUCUGGUCAAAUGAGAAACGAUUUUACCUAAGAAUACGUGCUUCGUAAUGAUCAAUUUGACACCGGAGCUAGUUAGACCGCGAUCCAACCCCUGCUUUCUUAAGUCGCCACACACGAUGCAUCCGUGAUUACCAUGAUGAAAACUUCCGCCCGGCCUGUUGCGAUUAAGCGAUUCACCGUUUUCCGAUUUAACUCGAGAUGGGAUGAAAAAAGAAGAAAGAGUUUGAAAGUAUAUGUGAUAUAGGAUCGGAAACGGGCGUGAUAAAAUUUCUAUGAUCUAUGAUUUAACCGUUCUCAGAAUACAAAUCGUCGAAUUUGUAUCAUGAUUAGAUCAAUCAAUUUCUAUAUUUCAUAUCGGUGUAAUUUAGAUUUUUUUUAGCUGAAAUCUUGAUUCCAUUUGGCUGAGCGCGGCGCAGCCAAGCCCCGAUCGAGAACCCGUUCUCGAGAAUGGAAGUAACUACCAUUAACAAUUAAGAAGACACACUCCAGCCUGGUCGACGUAUCCGACUGGGUACCAAGAAAUCGGGGGCUAAUUAAAAAGGACAAUCGAGCGAAUACAACUCAAGGCGACGUGUACUCUUUAUCUUCUCGCGCAUCUCUCUUACCCACUCUCCCUCUCUCCCUUCCUCUUUCCCUUUACCUUUAUCUUUCUCCUUAUCCGCUCAAUUCUUCGUCUUCCUUUUCCCUACCUAGGACUCGUCCCUACCGCUCUCUGUUUCCAGAUCGAUCCACCGAUAGCGGUUAAUCGCGGUAAUCUUCACAGAGGAGAGGAAUCACGAAAAACUUUGCCGUUCGUCGAAUCGUAUCGCGGUAAACGCGGAAACAUAUCACGCAUCUCAAAUAUACGAUAAAACGAAAAUGAUCGCUCUAUGAUCUGAAUCUAAAGUUAUUCGAGCGACACGCGCAUAGAUUUCUUAGAAAUCAGAUUAAAUCGCGUGUCAUUUUCACCUUCGGAAAAUGAAAGGAUUUAAAUGUAAAUUUUCAUUGUCUUGUUCCAUUCGCGUAACGAUAUUGGCUGUGACCGUGUCAAUUUGAAACAGCGAUUUUUCCAAUCCUCGUAAAAAAACGUCUCCGAUUUUAUUUUUAUUUAUCUAUCUUUUUUUUUCUUGGAAAUGUUAGUACGGAAAAUAAUAUGUUCAUUUUAAUACGGAACAACGUAGGUUACAAUGUGUAUUAUAUAUCGAUCACGACAUCUACACGCGAGAAAUGGUAUUAAUUAAUAUGCAUCGAAAGAUACAGAUACACGUUUGACAUUUUGCACAAGUGUGAUUGUAAUUAGCUGCGUAGGAAGUGGGAGUGGAAACUACUGUAUGAUUACCAUAAAAUUCUAUAAAUACAUACGAUUUCGACGUGUUGCGAUGUUAAUAAUAUUUUCUAACCUUCUUUUUUAAUUUUUUUCACGAAUCCCACGCUACGAUGCGGUUGCUCAAUACGCCAGCAACAGCCGAGCUGAAAGAUUUUCUCGCUUCUUGAGAAAAUCCAGUUCUCACGAUUGACUUAAUCCGGGUUAAUUAGACUAGACUUCGUUCCAGGUGAAAUUUUGAAUUUGAAAAACUUGAUUCUAUCUCUCGGAAGAAAAGAGGCAACAAUUUGAUCGUGCGAAUUAGAGAAAUUGUAAUCGGGCGAAAGAUGGAGAUUUCAAGCGUGUAGCGAGAGGAAUUUAAAUUGCCUACUCUUCACCUCGUUGAAAUCGGUCUACUCGAAACGAUGAACGGUUCGCAAUACAUCUCAAUAAAUUAUCCGCGUGAAAGAAAUCCUUGUGCUCCCUGUAAAUCUUUUUACUGCGAACACUUGAUCGUUCGCGCAAUAAGAAGUAGCCGCGGAGCCGACUGCCGGCGACCUCGUUCAACUGUAACCAAGUGUCAUUCCGAUAACCCAGGCCAGCUUUUACUGUCAUUCGACGGAUGACGAUAAAGAAAUGUGCAAGCGGCGGGGCUCUGCUUAAUGUUGCAUGGACAGGAAACCGAGCGGGGAA